UUACGACCUGCGGGCGUCCUCACCUGCACGGGCUCCCCCGGCACGUCGCCGACCCACUCUCCUGCUGGCUCGCCCCGGUGCCUUGGCUCCUCCCCGCACAGAUUAAAUGCCCGCCCGGCGCCUCAGUCGGCUGCAGGCGACGGCGCUCACGACCGAGGAGCUGUAGGCUGGAUUGCUAUCACCCUGACAGCAAGCGAACGCCUUGACUUUCCCCCCCCUCUCCUCCUCCUCCUCCUCCUUCGUCGCCACCCGAGAAGCCGCUAUGAGGACCAUCCUUGCUGCGUACUCCGGCGUGCUCAAAGGCACCGGCUCCAGCAUCCUGUCUGCCCUGCAGGACCUGCCUUUGGCGUUCUGGCCCUGCAGAUCCAAGAUGGAAAAACAUCUGCAGGUCAUCUCCGUGCUGCAGUGGGUCAUCAGCUUCUUAGUCCUGGGUGCUGCCUGCACGGUCCUGUUGAUCUACAUGUUCUGCACUGAUUGCUGGCUUAUCGCUGCCAUUUACACUGCCUGGCUCAUCAUGGACUGGAACACCCCAAAAGAAGGUGGAAGGAGGUCCUCUUGGGUGAGGAGCUGGACAGUGUGGACAUAUUUCCGUGACUACUUCCCAAUCAGGCUAAUUAAAACCCACAACCUGCUGCCCAGCCGGAACUACAUUUUUGGCUACCACCCCCACGGCAUCUUCUGUUUCGGUGCUUUCUGUAACUUUGGGACAGAGGCCACCGGCUUCUCCAAGAAAUUCCCGGGCAUCAAGCCCUCCCUGGCAACCCUGGCAGGAAACUUCCGCCUGCCUGUGCUUCGGGACUACCUGAUGUCUGGAGGUAUCUGUCCAGUGAACAGAAACUCUAUUGACUACCUGCUUUCACGUAACGGGACAGGUAAUGCUGUCAUCAUUGUUGUCGGAGGAGCAGCGGAGUCUCUGCACUGCACGGCAGGCAUGAAUACUGUGACCUUGCGGAAUCGUAAAGGCUUCGUGAGGCUGGCCCUGCAGAAAGGGUCUGACCUGGUUCCAGUGUAUUCCUUUGGAGAGAACGAUGCCUACAAGCAGGUGAUCUUUGAGGAGGGAACCUGCUGGAGAUCUCUCCAAAAGAGAUUACAGAAGAUCUUAGGCUUUGCCCCGUGCCUUUUCCAUGGAUGUAGUCUCUUCUUUGGCAACUCCUGGGGCAUCGUGCCUUUUUGCAACCCUAUCACCACCAUAGUUGGGGAGCCAAUCACAGUGCCAAAAAUUGAGGAUCCAACUGAAGAGAUGGUGGAUCUGUACCACGCAAUGUACGUCAAGUCUCUCCAGAGCCUUUUUGACAAGUACAAGACCCGCUUUGGCCUAAAAGAGAGUGACGUCCUGUACAUUCAAUGAAAGGAUGGGGGGGGGCCCUGUUGAAGCUCUGAACUGUGGCAGCAUCCUCAGACCCCUCCGCCCCCUUCCCCUCCUCCCCGUCCCAUCUUGUUGCCCGGGUUGGAUUAUCUCUGGACAGCAAACUCUACACAAGAACACGUUUGCUACAGAAACCUCUGCGCUCUGCGUUGUCUCUCUCACACACACACACACACAUAAACAUACUUCUCAGGAAAUGGCAGAUUUGAGGAAUGGUGGCCUCUCCUUGCUGUUGUCACCAGGUUAAACAGUUUUGGUUGGACAAAGUUACACAUAAAAUGUGUGCCUUUGUUGUUUCUAUUUCCAUUUUCUCAGUGAGUGCAUCAAGUUCGGACUGUCUUAUCAGUGCAGAAGGGGGGCGUUCCACUAGAUGGCGCUGGAAGGCAACAUGCAGGACUUUAAAGAAGUGCCAAUGUUUUCUUUCACUCAUGCAUUCAUAUAAUUUUCCCUAAGCUCUUUAAUAUCCUGUUAUAUGCUAAAUGCACAAACAAUGCAAAUGGAAGGUACCACUUUAUUUUUGGGAAAAUAAGCCCAAAGUUUAAUUUAGCCAAAGACCUAUGUUGUCCCCACACAUGCAUGUAUUUCUACUGUAUGAAAGCUGAAAGUAAAGGAGCUCUACACAGUGGAUUAAUAUUGUGGAUACACCAUACACAAGUGCCUGUGAUUGCAUAAUGCCAUAAAGUAUUAAUUGUAUUCUGUAGAGAGGAAAAAGCCUAUUUUAGUGGUUGUCUCUCAACCAAUAUUUCUGAUGCACUUUUUGUAUUAUUGAUUACUUUCUGAGGUUUUUGUCGUGAGAAAAUUGCCUAGGAUGUGAGAAUUUUUCCGAGACAGUCAUUGUGCUCGUUGGCUUGAUUUCCCUCUUGUCCCACUGGUGUCCAGGUCUGGAUGGGUGUGUUCUGUCUAUGCAGCAAAAAAAAACUACAGCAAUGUUUUGUAUGUUCAGAUGUUGUUAGCCAACUAGCUGAAGUUUUGAGCUGCCAUUGAAGAAGAUAAAAUAGUUUAGUAGGUGAAAAUGAUUCCAGUGUUCAGUGCAUCACUUUGCAACCAUUCCAUGGGUUAUAACUGAAAAGGAAGGAAUCACACUGGGUAAUGCCUUAUUACUGGGAAUAUUUGAUGGUGUAGUUGUUAUGUAAAAUAAGAGUAUGAGAGUGUGUGUGUGUGUGUAUAUAUAUGUGUGUAUAUAUAAUAUAUAUAUAAUAUAUAUAUAUUAUAUAUAGAAUGCAUCCUUGGAAUCAUCAAAAUGUGUAAGCUUGCGUCAUGUUGAUGGGCAGGAAGGUGGGAAAGUAAAUUAUAGGAUUGUCAUUUGAAGAGCAAUUUUCCUCUGUUCUCACCAUUAUGACUUCUUAUAAAGAGCACUGUAAUCCCUAUGCAAUAAAUCUACAAGCAAUAAACUCAGUGAGACCUGUCUAUAUGAUGAAUGGCAUCAUCUGCCUGAUAUUUAAAUUAAA